CCCACAAGCCGAGAUGACCACCACGGCCCCAACCCUCCGCUCCCUUUACCGCGCGCUCCUCCGCGAACUCCCGCCACGGCCGCUCCUCUCCUCGCCGCGAGCGCCGCUCCACCAGCGCCUGCGCGACAACUUCCAACAGCCACAGCAAUCCCACAAGCAGCAGCAGCAGCAGCAGCAGACCCUCUUGGCGGCCCAAGCCGAGCAGUACCUGGCCUACCUGCGCGCGCAGCGCACCUACGUGACCCUGCUCGAGCGCUACAACCCGGGCAUGGGCAUGGACGAGGAGGAGCGCGUGCGGUUGACGGCGAGGCGGGUUGGGAUGGAUCUGCCUGUGGAGUAUGGGAAUGGUAGUACCCAUGAAGGGCAAGAAGGGGAGGGCAAGAAUUAGAGGGCAAUACAAGCAGGUUGUGUCUUUGUGGGUCUGAUGUUAUGGGCCACCUCUGCAAGUUUAAAAAAGGGAUAAAGUACGGCGUUUCGGCGAAGGGUGUUAGCAUAUUAGGUUGGAUGUUUCUAAGGGUAGGAAGUGAUUGUUUUUGAGGGUGGUAUGUGAUAUACAGUAUGGCAAGCAUUCGGCAGGAUUGGGAUGGUAUUCUGACGCAUUGUAUCAGGGGAAGGAGGCUUAGUCGAGGUGUACCAUCGAUUAUAGAUCAUGGGGGAAAUAUUAUUCUUACACCGCUGUGCCCUUGGGCUUGCCGGACCUUCAACAACUUACUAUACAGGAAAACCGCGC